AUGCGUUGCACGGCUGAUUUCGAAAUCAAGAGCAAAACUGAAAGGCGGGUGAUGAGUUGUGGGGAAAUGCCUCCAAAGCGGAGACUGGGGGGCAAAGCAGCGGCCCCUCCCUGCAGCACCCAGCUGAACAGCUGUUACCGAGGGCAGCGAGAUGCUCCGGGCAGCGUCUCUGGAGCCGUGGGGCCCGCGUGCGCGGCGCUGGAGGCGGCUCUCCUCAGUGGAGGCAGCGGCUGCGUCCGGUCGCCGGGACGCUCCCCUGGGCAGCUCCCCCCACCCAGCCAGGACUCCGCAGGCGGCUGGUCUGCGCAGGUGGAGCCGACUGAGCUGGGGCUAACGAUUCAGUCUGAGGAUGCUGGAUCCGGAGGAGAGUUCGGCUCGUCCGCCGGGCUCUGCAUCGCCCUGUGCCUGGGGGGCACCGUGGCCCAGAAUAACGGCACACAAGGUACCACUGAGGACUGUAACAGCCAUAUGCUGUGCCCAGCAAACGCCAAGUGUGUGAACAACACCCACUGCGCCUGCCUGGAUGGAUACCGGACAAGAGAGAAUCACACUGUCUUCUUCACCGACACAACGGAGCCCUGUGAUGAUAUUAACGAGUGUCUGAAGCCGAGCCUGAUAGACUGUGGACGCACCGCAAACUGCACCAACGUGGCUGGGAGUUACUACUGCAUCUGCAUCGAUGGUUACGAGUCCAGGUCUGGGAAAGCCAAGUUCAUGAACGCGAGUGAGAACACCUGCCAGGAUAUUGAUGAGUGUCAGGGCCCGAGCCUGGCAGACUGUGGACCCCACGCAAACUGCACCAAUGUGCCUGGGAAUUACUCCUGCACCUGCAUCGAUGGCUACGAGCCCAGCUCUGGGAAAGCCAACUUCACUCACGCAAGUGGGGACACCUGCCAGGAUAUUGACGAGUGUCAGGGCCUGAGCCCGGCAGACUGUGGACGCAACGCAAACUGCAGCAACGUGGCUGGGAGUUACUACUGCACCUGCAGCGAUGGCUGCGAGCUCAGCUCUGGGAAAGCCAACUUCACCCAAGUUCACACAUGCAAGUACAUCGACGAGUGCCGCAAGACCCAAGAUAUCUGCAGCCCCAACGCCACAUGUGUCAACACCUACGGAAGCUACUGGUGUGAGUGCCGGGCCGGCUACGUCCCCUCCAACAGGAACAGGACCCUGUGCCAAGAGCUCACCUGCCCCCCGCUGCUGGAUGAUGACAACUCUGCCGGAGCCAAGAACCUCCUGGGCAGCUUCCCAGCACAGGUGGGACGUCUCUGCAAGGCGGCGCUGGAGGAGCUGAAGCAGAUGAAGGCUCAGAGCGCUGAGUCUGUGAUGGGGCAGCUGCAGGGCUUCUUGGACAUUCUGGAGAAGCAGAUAAAUCUGGUCGGGCAGCAGAGCGAGAGCGUGGAGUGGAGACACCGGAUCGCGACGGAGCUGAUGGCCAUAGUGGAGAAGCUGCUGAAGACACUGGCCCUGACCCUGCCUGACAGGACGAUCAGCAUCGCAUCCCCCAAAGGCACAGAGCUGGGGCUGGCGGUCAGGAAGGCCGGGAACCAGAGCCAGGAGACCGUGACGCUGCAGCAGAGCAAGACGCAGAUGGAAUUAAAGUGGGCCGGAGCCCCAGGGCAGAAAGAAGGCUUCACGCUGGCCGGGCUGCUGACAUACCAGGGGAUGAGCCCCAUCCUGGACGGUGCUGGGCGGGUAGAGAUGCCCAAGUGGGACGACAUCGGCCAGACGGGGAAGUGGGCGCAGGAGCCGGGGCGGCCCAGCUACCGUGUGCUGUCUCCAGUGGUGUCGGCCUUCAUCAGUGACCCGAACCCCCAGGCACUCGGCCUCUCCGUCAGCAUCCGCUUCAGCCACCCGGUGCCGGAGAACAAGACUGACCUGCGCCUCCUCUGCGCCUACUGGAAGCCUGACAGCAGGCGCUGGGCCACCGACGGCUGCACCCUGCAGAAGUUGAACGCCACCAGCACCCGCUGCCAGUGCAACCACCUGACCAGCUUCGCCGUGCUCAUGGCCUUCUACGAGCUGGAGGACUGGACCCUGGACGUCAUCACCAAGGUGGGGCUGGUGAUCUCGCUGCUGUGCCUGCUGCUGUCCAUCGUCACCUUCCUCUUCUGCCGCGCCCUCAAGGGCCCCCGCACCACCAUCCACCUGCACCUCUGCCUGGCGCUAUUCAUCGCCUACACCGUCUUCCUCACCGGCACCUCCAGCACCGGCAACAGGGUACCCGGCUCCCCCCGCCAGCCCCGGGUGGUGUGCGGCGUGGUGGCCGGGCUCCUGCACUAUUUCUUCCUGGCCGCCUUCUGCUGGAUGUGCCUGGAGGGCGCCGAGCUCUACCUGCUGGUGGUUCAGGUCUUCACCCCCCACGGCCUCAGGCGCCGCUACAUGUUCCUGCUGGGCUACGGCGUGCCGGCCCUCAUCGUGGGCGUCUCGGCCGCCACCUACAGCGAGGGCUACGGCACGGCGCGCCACUGCUGGCUCUCGCUGGAGAAGCAAUUCAUUUGGAGCUUCCUGGCGCCCGUCUGCAUCAUCAUCGCGGUCAACGCCGUGAUCUUCGUGGUCACCGUCUGGAAGCUGUCGCUGAAAUUCGCCGACAUCAACCCCGACAUGAGCCAGCUGAAGAAGCUCAGGGUGCUCACCAUCACGGCCAUCGCCCAGCUCUGCGUCCUGGGCACCACCUGGAUCUUCGGCCUGUUCCAGUUCAACCAGCGCAGCCUGGUCGUCUCCUACAUCUUCACCAUCCUCAACAGCCUGCAGGGGCUCUUCAUCUUCCUGCUGCACUGUCUGAUCAACAAACAGGUGAGGGACGAUUACCGCAGGUGGCUGAGCUGCGGCGGCCUCAAGAGACCGGCCAAGUACUCCAAGUUCUCCAGCUCGACCACCACGCGGAGACCCACCACGCACCUGGACUCGCUGCAUGCAGAUGCUUCAACGGUUGCCCAGCGGAACCUGCCAGGCAGCGGGGGGCACCGUUACGCUGCCCAGCUGCCCCCACCCGCUGGGCACUCACCAGCCCCAGGCCUGCGCGCUGCCAGCAUCGCCAGCAAUAGCAACGCCAACAGGGCAGCCGCUCAGCUCCGACGCGACGUCCUCUGGCCACAGGGGGCGCCUUUCCCUUUGGUACGACCGGGUCCCCGGCCCCGCCUGCGGUACGACGCUGGGCCGGGCUGA